AUGAGCUCGGAAGACAAGAAGAGACCCUUCAGUCUGGUCGAGUCCGAUGUGUUUGCCAAAUCCAAGAAACCGCUUCAGGAGCUAAGCGAGGAUGGUCCGCUCACUCAGCAGGAUGUUGUUUACUUCAAGAAAGAGGCUAUUUGGCGUCAGAUGCGCUUUUACAAGCUCCAAGCCGAACAGCUUCAACUAGAGCUUUCCAAGUAUGAGAGGCGCUACCAGACUUUUGUAGCUGCUCAUCAGCUAUUGGAGACUUGGUUCUCUCAGAUUCUCAAGUCUUGCGGUGCUGGCGAGGCUGAGGCGCUAGAUUUGGCUGCUUCUGCUUCGGAUAUCCAGGAAGUCUUGGAAGCCAGAGCAUCUAAACUCGCAGGUCUUCUUAAACCAGCUGUUUCGGAUGCUGGAGAGCUACGCGAUGUCGUGAAGCUUGAAGGUGACCUUGCUGCUGCUCAGGAUACCAAGAAGGAGCUCCAAGAGAAGCUCUUUGAAUUACAGAACGAACUAGCUGCUUUGCAGAAAGUGAAAGAUAGAGGAGACCUGGCCACCUUACAACGUAUCCAGAGCAACAGUCUUGCUAAGGUUGAAGAGGAAGAGCAGACAUCUAAUGGUAGCCACGACAAGAAUGGUGCCUUGGCGAACGGUAAAGUUGAGGCCUCUGGCGAUAGCGUCACCAUUUCAUCAGCAGAUAAAGAAGAUCUUGAAAGGCUACGCAUCGAAGCAGAAGAGUUGAAAGCAGCAGUGGCUUCUUCCAAGGAAGCGCUAGAUAAAAUGUCUACAAGAUUGUCUGGUGCUGAGACCACCACAGAAAGCUUAAAAGACCGUUUGAGCAAUCUCUCCGAAGAAGAUCUUUCCAAGUCUCCCAAAUUUGUCGAACUUGUCGCUCAGAACAAGGCCCUUCAAGAAUCCCUUUCCAAUAUUACCCAAUCCCAGCAAGAACUUGUCGGUAAAGUCAAGCUUCUAGAAGAGAAGGAUGGAAACUACUUUAAGGUGGUUAAUAAUGAACUAGAGGAGGAGAACUCGCGUCUUAAGGAGACUUUAUCGAGAAGCGAGAAUGAUCUUGCUCGUAUUAGAGCCAUCAGAGACGAGUUAUUGGCCAAACAAACCAUCGCCAACUCCGAAAUGGAUAAUAAGAAGACCAAUGCUGAGGUGAAUGAAUUGAAUAGAGUCCUCAACGAGAGACUUUCCAAGCUAGAGAAGACAAGACAAGAUGAAUACAAAGGAGAGGAAGACGCCAACCUUCAAAGUCUCGAGAAAGACGAGCUUGUCAAGCGGUUGCAAAUUUUGAGUACCGAGGUUAAAGAAAUCGAGGUUGCGUUCCAACAAACUAGAAGUCUUACUUUGGAUAAGAUGAAGGAGACUGUUGAUAAUGAAGGUCUUGUUAAGAAGCUUACCAUUGAAAAGAACAAGGCCGACCAAAAGUAUUUCGCCAGUAUGAGAGUGAAGGAUUCACUUUCUGCGGAGAAUAAGGUGCUCAAGUCCCAGAUUGCCAAAUCCCAAGAGAUGGUGGUUAAGCUUAAUGAGAUAGAAAAGACUUACGUGAGCAAGAUUGAGAUCUUAUCCAAGUCUGUCAAUGACUACAAGGUGAUCAAAGAAAUGUCUACGCUGGAGAACACCAACCUCCAAAAGAACCUCAAAAUGCUCAGCAAGACGAGAGACUCGAUCAUGAAGGAGCUUACGGAUGCAAAGCAGGAUAUUGCCCAGCUCAAGAAGCAGAAUGGAGACUUGUCAAGCGAGAUUAGCAGCAAGACCGUGGCAUUCAGCAAGCUAGACGCCAAGCUUCGUGCCACAGAAAGCUUGCUCCAGAAGUACAAGCAGAACAACACCUCGUCGAUUCUUGAAGAAGACGAGAAACAGCUAGAGGCAUUGAGGUCCAUUACCAAGUGUUCUGUUUGUCUGAAAAAUUGGAAAAAUACCGCCAUCACCGCCUGUGGGCAUGUAUUCUGUGACGGCUGUGUUCAAGAGAGGCUUGCUGCUCGUCUACGGAGGUGCCCCACAUGUAACAAGGGCUUCUCAUCCAACGACUUGCUUUCCAUCCACCUUUAG